CAUGAUAUAACAACGGCUUUAUUUUAAGAGGCUCUCUGUCCCACACUGCUGCAUGCUUUCCAUUUGCUUAUCAUUUGGAUAUCCACACAGAAAGAGGCUUCUCAUCCCGGCUUUUUAACUUCCACAAUCAAAACCUUUGGACUUGGAGUAUGAUUUUAAGACUCAUAGCUUCUGAAAAACCUUCUAUGGAAAAACAAGGAAACCAAUCUAUAGCUGGGACAAGAUUCAGCCAGAGGGACACCUUUAGAGAAUCCUGAUCUCUGAUGUUUUUGUCCUAAAGUGCUGAAAUAAGGAUUUUGAAGGAGCUCCUCGCCCUGUGUCCACAAUAAAAAGCCAAUUUUCAGUCCUUACAUUGAUCAAAAUUAAAUUGAAAAAUGGUCGGAUUUGGACCUGCAGAUGUGCCUCCAUCAGCAGCUGUGAAGUUUGUGGGAGCAGGAACCGCAGCUUGCAUUGCUGACCUGCUCACUUUUCCUCUUGACACAGCCAAAGUGCGGCUGCAGAUCCAAGGAGAGUCUAAAGCUUUAGCAGCUAAAGGGAAGAAGUCUGCAGUGAAGUAUCGAGGAGUGUUUGGCACCAUCACCACCAUGGUGCGCACAGAAGGGCCCAGCAGCCUUUACAGUGGAUUGGUUGCAGGACUGCAGAGACAGAUGAGCUUUGCCUCUGUCCGGAUUGGUCUCUACGACUCUGUUAAGCAGUUCUACACCAAAGGCUCUGACCAUGUUGGCAUCGGCACUCGGCUGCUCGCAGGAUGCACCACUGGAGCAAUGGCGGUUGCUUUGGCUCAGCCUACAGAUGUGGUGAAAGUCCGCUUCCAGGCUCAGGCCAGGUCCCCCGGGCACGCCAGGCGCUACUGUAGCACUAUUGAUGCUUACAAGACCAUUGCAAAGCAGGAAGGAGUUAAUGGACUGUGGAAAGGAACAGCUCCAAACAUUGCAAGAAAUGCAAUUGUUAACUGUACUGAGCUGGUGACAUAUGACUUCAUCAAGGACACCCUGUUGAAGUCCACUCCCCUGACAGAUAAUCUGCCCUGCCACUUUAUAUCAGCCUUUGGUGCAGGCUUAUGCACAACAGUGAUCGCCUCUCCAGUUGACGUGGUCAAAACGAGAUAUAUGAAUGCUGCUCUCGGCCAGUACAACGGUGUCCUUAGCUGUGCUGUGGCCAUGAUGACUAAGGAGGGACCACUUGCCUUUUAUAAAGGUUUCAUGCCGUCGUUCUUGCGCCUGGGCUCCUGGAACGUGGUGAUGUUUGUUACAUAUGAGCAGCUGAAACGAGCCAUGAUGGCAGCAAAUCACAACUGCACAACAAUGCUGUAACUGUGAUCAUCUGCUGGAAGGCUGGUGUCGCAGCACAGUUAUGGUGUUUACAUGUAACACGAUAAGAACACAUGUAUAAGAAAUGCAUCAAAAUUUAAAAUUGAGAGCGUGCUUGAUGAGUUGCUUCCUCUCAGCUGAGAGCUUCUCUGGAAACUGGACUUCAAAAGUAAUGAUGAGGUGUCCUCUCUGAGAAGGAUUCUGUGACAGCGGCAUCCCCUCUCCAGUCACUACCUUUUUGUAUGCAGGGCUGAUGUGUUAAAACAAGCAGAUCAGAGAAAGACAAAUGAUAUGCAUGAGAAGAAUAAAUCCUUCACUAAUGUUACUUCUUAUUUGUACUGUUUCUAUAAAGUGGUAGCUUUUUUGUA